GACGGCGAGACCGAGCGAGGAGGGAGGCGUCACCACCCUCGAGAUAGAGAAAUGGGAUUAGAGAGAGAUACGCGCCGUGAAUCGCCUCGAUAGAAUGGACUCUAGACAAUGGCCCAGGUGAAAAUGCAGGCGUCCGCCAGCCUCCCCGGGCCUCUGCCGGCCCCGCCGCCGAGCGCGCCGAGCCCCCCGGGGCUACCGGCCUCCGUGAACGGCCCCGCGCCGGAGCCGGCGACCCCCCGCCCCGGCCCCGCCGGUGGCCUUGGGGACCCCUCUCCUUCUAGCCACUCGCCAGCUCCUCUCCUCGAGAGCACGGCCAACGCCAAAGAGAAAACGCCAAUGUGUCUGGUCAACGAGUUGGCGCGUUUCAAUAGAGUCCAACCCCUGUAUAAGCUCCUCAACGAAAGAGGGCCCGCUCACGCCAAGAUGUUCGCCGUGCAGCUGACCCUGGGCGAGCAGCUGUGGGCGGCCGAAGGGAGCAGCAUCAAGAAGGCCCAGCACGCGGCCGCCACCAGGGCCCUGACGGAGACCACCCUGCCCAAACCGACGCCCAGGCCGCCCAAGAACAACGUCAACAACAACCCAGGGAGCAUAACGCCGACGGUGGAACUGAACGGCCUGGCCAUGAAGAGGGGCGAGCCCGCCGUCUACAGGCCCCUCGACCCCAAACCCGCCUCCAACUACCGCGCAAACUACAACUUCCGGGGCAUGUACAACCAGAGGUACCACUGCCCGGUGCCCAAGAUUUUUUACGUCCAGCUGACGGUGGGGAACGACGAGUUUUUUGGGGAAGGGAAGACCCGCCAAGCCGCCAGACACAAUGCCGCCAUGAAAGCCCUGCGCGCUCUGCAGAAUAAACCCAUCCCAGAAAAAUCGCCUCAGAACGGAGAGGCGGGAAGAGACACGGAGGAGGAGAAGGACGCCAACAAGUCGGAGAUCAGCGCCGUCUUCGAAAUCGCCCUGAAGCACCGCAUGCCCGUGCGUUUCGAGGUGAUAAAGGAGAGCGGGCCUCCGCACAUGAAGAGCUUUGUCACCCGCGUGGCGGUGGGAGAGUUCUGCGGCGAAGGAGAAGGAAACAGCAAAAAACUCUCCAAGAAGCGGGCCGCCACCGUGGUCCUGCAAGAACUGAGGAAGCUCCCUCCUCUUCCGGCGGUCGAGAAGCCCAAGCCCUACUUCAAGAAACGCCCUAGGACGAUCCUCAAGGCCAGCCCGGAAUCCGGGCAGGGCGUCAACCCCAUCAGCCGCCUGGCUCAGAUCCAGCAGGCCAGAAAGGAGAAGGAACCCAACUACGUCCUGCUUUCCGAGCGAGGCCUGCCCCGUCGGAGGGAGUUCCUGAUGCAGGUCAAAGUCGGCAAGGAGAUCGCCACCGGAACGGGCCCCAAUAAGAAGAUCGCGAAAAGAAACGCCGCCGAAGCCAUGCUGUUACAUCUGGGUUACAGGGCCUCGACCCCCCGUCACGAUCCGGCCGACAAGCCCGGGGACGGCAAGGGCCGGAACGGUCCGAAGGUUGGAUUCCCCGAACCGACGAGCAACGCUCCGAAGGGCAUCCUCCACCUGUCUCCCGACGUCUACCAAGAGAUGGAGGCCAGCCGCCACAGGGCCGGCCCCGUCCCGGGCGCCCCGCCCGGCGGCCCGGCGGCCCUCGCCCGGGACCCCCUCCUCGACGGCUCCCCACCCGCCGCCGGGGCCGCCGGCCUCCCGGGGGUCCCCGGCCCGGCCGCGCGGCCGGCCGAGCGGCUCGAGUACCUCGCCGCCAUCCAAGGUUUCCAGGCCGCCCUAAGCGCCUUGAAACAGUUCUCGGAACAGGGCCUGGAUCCGGUGGAAGGGGCUCCGAAGAUGGGGAACGGCUCGCUGGAAAAAGCGGCCAAGCACCCGGGAGAGAAGGCGGACGGCGAGCAGGGCGACCCGGGCCCCGUCGCUCGGCACCGUGAGGAUCCGAAGCCCGUCACGGCCACUUCGCCCUUAUAAAGCCGCCGACGCGCGACGGGGCGUCCGAGGGGACGGAUGACCGACGCCGCGACCGGAGUCUCACGCGAAGACGACGCGAUGCUAACGGGAGAGAUAACGCGCACGGUACUGUCGAUUCGACCCGGGGGGUGGGGGGCGGGAGGGCGGGGCGGGGGCAGGUGUCAGACUCGGACCGUCUCCCCCGGCACCCGAGAGCGAGAUCACGGACUCGCCGAGCCGGGGGCGGCCGAAAUCCCAUCGCGCCGCCGGACCCUGCGAUCGCCGCGGACCGGGGGGGAGAGGGAAGAAAGAUAACGAAGCGUUAGCGAAGGGGGGGAGAAGCAGAACGAAAAGGAACAGGCGAGGGACGAAGAUCGAUUCGGAUUCGGUUCGGGUAGGGCGGUUGUCUUCGUUAGCGUAGUUUGUUUCGCUUUACUCUUCUUUUUUUAAAAAAAACGAAAACCGUCAUCGUAAUGAUAAUAACGAUAAUGACGAUAUUGACGCUUGACUGUUUUAAAAUUAACCGAUGACAGCGCGGUGAGACUUGUAAUUGUCUUCAUGUGUAGUCACGCAGCUUAUCUUUUUAGGCAAGCCACGGUGCGCUCUUCGUUCUCUUUGAAUACGUGUGACUUGUCAGCUCCGGCACGCGGAGACUUAGGCAGAGGAGAGUGGCAAAUGGGGGCGGGCGUCCACCCGCCCCCCCCGGCCGCCGCCCCGCCC